AUAUUACGACACAAAACCCUAAACCCUUUAGAACCCCCAAAGCCCCGAAUUGCAAAAUGGAUCACAUGGCAGCGAUGGAAGAGCAAUUAGUAUCAGAGAGGGUUAAACAAAAGCUACAAGACGUGAAUGCGGCUGCCCAAAAGUAUCUCUCUCCGGUCCAAGACCAUGUCAAUUUCACCCUCCAGCAAGCAUACUUUAAAUGUGCAUACGAGUGUUUUGAUAGGAGGAGAAGCGAACAAGAGAUUGGCAAUUGUGUUGAAAAUUGUAGCGUUCCUGUUGUUAGUGCUCAACAGAGAGUUGAGAAUGAGAUGGCCAAGUUUCAAGAAAGGUUGAGUAGGGCACUGAUGGUCUGUCAAGACAAGUUUGAUGCAGCUAAGCUUCAACAGGUCAAAACUAGUGCACUCAAUGAUUUGGAGUCAUGUGUUCAACAAACGACCGAAGAUGGAAUAAAGACACUUCCACUUCUUGCUGAAAGAUUGAAGUCUUCCUUUUCGAUCAACAAUUAAGUUAGCCGUUAUGUUGGCAGUCUGCUUUUAUCUACCCUAUCUAUUUCAGCCCUCAUUGAUAUGAUAUGCCUAUGAGCCCUUUAAUGACAACUAAGAACAGUUGUGUACGCAAGUUAUAAUGCUCAUUGGUUAGCAAUUGUUGUUUAUGUUUUUAUUUAUUUUUUUCCUCUUAUUUCUGGACUGCCACUUCUAAGCAAUUGUGCAUGCCUGGA